GCAGGGGGCCACUUUAUCACUGCACCGGAAGCUGGUUUAAACCCGCAGAAAAGGAGGAAGUUCCGAGCCGGGGUGACCUGUGGGCGUCCUCCUCGAGCUCCGGGCGACACCAGCGGUAUAGCUUGGGACGCUAGACUAGGGAAUGCCCAGUAACAGGUGGGAGGCAUCACACUGGCUCUGUUAUGCAUAUCUAGAGAAAUAAGGCAGAAUGCUGAAAAUGGAGAACAGAUAACCGUCACCCAGUGAUGCCUAACACUGACUGUCAACUUGAGGGGAUCAGAAAUCGCUGAAUAGACAAGCUUCAAGGUGUACCCAUGAGGGAUUGACUUCAUUUUAAGAUGACUAAGGAAUCAUUUUAUAUAGAAGUCUUGUGAUGAUCAUACAAAGAGUGGUACUGAAUUCCCGACCUGGGAAAAAUGGAGAUCCAGUUGCAGAGAAUUUCAGGGUGGAAGAGUUCAGUUUACCGGACGCUCUCAAUGAAGGGCAAGUACAAGUGAGAACUCUUUAUCUCUCAGUGGAUCCUUACAUGCGCUGUAAGAUGAACGAGGACACUGGCACUGACUAUUUGGCACCGUGGCAGCUGGCGCAGGUGGCUGAUGGUGGAGGAAUUGGAGUUGUAGAGGAGAGCAAGCACCAGAAGUUGGCUAAAGGCGAUUUUGUGACUUCCUUUUACUGGCCCUGGCAAACUAAGGCAAUUCUAGACGGGAAUGGCCUUGAAAAGGUAGACCCACAACUUGUAGAUGGACACCUUUCGUAUUUUCUUGGGGCUAUAGGUAUGCCUGGCUUGACUUCCUUGAUUGGGGUACAGGAGAAAGGUCACAUAUCUGCUGGAUCUAAUCAGACAAUGGUUGUCAGCGGAGCAGCAGGCGCCUGUGGAUCUUUGGCUGGGCAGAUUGGCCACCUGCUUGGCUGUUCCAGAGUGGUGGGAAUUUGUGGAACGCAGGAAAAAUGUCUCUUUUUGACCUCAGAGCUGGGGUUUGAUGCUGCAGUUAAUUACAAAACAGGGAAUGUGGCAGAGCAGCUGCGAGAAGCGUGCCCGGGCGGAGUGGACGUCUACUUUGACAAUGUUGGAGGUGACAUCAGCAACGCGGUGAUAAGUCAGAUGAAUGAGAACAGCCACAUCGUUCUGUGUGGUCAGAUUUCUCAGUACAAUAAAGAUGUGCCCUACCCUCCUCCACUGCCCCCUGCGGUAGAAGCCAUCCGGAAGGAAAGAAACAUCACAAGAGAGAGAUUUACGGUAGUAAAUUAUAAAGAUAAAUUUGAGCCUGGAAUUCUACAGCUGAGUCAGUGGUUUAAAGAAGGAAAGCUAAAGAUCAAGGAGACCGUGGCAAACGGCUUGGAAAACAUGGGAGUUGCAUUCCAGUCCAUGAUGACAGGGGGCAACGUAGGGAAACAGAUCGUCUGCAUUUCAGAAGAUUCUUCUCUGUAGUCUUGGUGUGUCUUCAUCAAGGAAGCCCUCCAUUUUUCACUUCCCACAAAGAUUCUUAAGAUACAUUUAAAAAAUAAUCUUUUUGUAUAGAUAGUUCUCGAUUCUAGUGUGAUAAUAUUUUCUUUGUUGUAUAACCACUUUAUCUUCAAUAUCAUAUUCACUAUACAUUUAACAUGUGAUUGCUUGCCAUAAUACAGGGGUUCUCAAGCUGUGGGUCAUGACCCCUCCAGAGGAGUUACAUAUCAGAUAUCUUGCAUAACAGAUAUUUACAUUAU